AACUAAAGAGGGCAGCCUCCUCUGGGAGUCACGGGACAGUGCUUGGUCCCAGAAAGAAGAUUGAGGAGGAGGACAGGUACAACAGAGGCAGAAAAGUAGCUGGAGGCAGCCUGGGCAACUGGGAGAUGAAUCUCACCGUUGGCCUAGCCCAGAGGUAUUCUCCACUUUUUGAGGGACAGUGUGGGACCGAAUGAGGCAAAUUUUGAAACCUAGAGAUUACUUCUGGCUAGAACUUGACACAGACCAUUUGCAUUUGUAAGCAAAGUUGCUCCCUCACAGGUGGGCUGGCAGUCUUUCAAGCCUUUUGUCUCUCUGCUUUUGCCUUUCUGGUUUUCUCUGCAGUCAGACUCGGGAAAUAAAAGAUGAAAUUCAAAUCUGUCAGUUCUGCUUUUCAUUGGCAACUGUAGCAAGAGGAGAACUAGAAUCUCACUCAAAUAAGGUUCUAUCUUUUCUGGCCUCCCCAUUAGCACACAUAAGUCAAAGUGAGUGAAAGUGAUGUAAUCUAAUUCAGACGGUACCUCUCUGUUAUAUUGAAUGUUUUUCACAAACGACUAAGUAUCCAAGGUAACCAAACCUGUUUGUUUGGCAUUCUUUGGUAAGAAUUGGACUUUGCUACAAAAGGACAGAUCCGUUCUUUUCAGCAAACGCCGACUGAACACCUCCAACUGUGUACUGUAUAUUGUGCUGGUUCUGAAGAGAGAGUAGUAAGACAUGGUCCCUGCCCUCAAAGAGCUCAUGGUCUAAUGGGAGAGACUACCAAGGAAGCAAAUAAUUAUAAUUCAGAGUGUUGUAUAAACUCUAGACACAAGUAUCAGAUAUAAAAUUAACAUAGUGUAGGGAUUCGGUAGCUGGUGCUGAGAGGAAACCCUUGAGUGCGCCCUUGACCUGUGACCAUGCCAAUGGCAACUGUCAUUCAGUGGCACAGAGAAAAAGAAAAAAAAAACAUAGUAUAGUGAUUAACCUGUGAUCUGAGAGUGGUAAGUAGGAAUGUCAGAUGAGAAAAUUAUGUGAGGAAAGAGGCAGAUCAUAUUUUAAUUUAAAAAAAAAAACAGAUAGGUAUGGUAUGGACCAGCCUCUGCAGUAAUGGGGUAAAAUGUAAUCUACUGUACAAUGGGAUAAAAUUUUUCAACUUCCUUAUAGAGCUCACCUUCAGCUAUCCUAGUGAUUAUGGCAAACAAAAAAAUUUUCACCGUAAGACAUUGGUUAGCAGUAUGACCUCUUGACUCUGUCUCUGUUUGUCUUUUGGAAAAAAUGGCAAUAAGAAACAAGAGUGCGGUGUGAUCAUGGGGAAGCAAAUGAAAACAAGGAAAUAUUCGACCACGAAGAGAAUACUUAGUUUGAGAGAUCAGAGGCUGAAAGAAAAGGAUAGAUUAAAACCUAAAAAGAAAGAUCCUAAUGCACUCAAGGAAAGAGAUGUUCUCCAAUACUCUUUCUGCUUAUUCUUCCAGUAUAACACACAACUGGGCCCAGCUUUCCACAUCCUGGUCAAUAUCAACUUUAUCAACUUUCCCUUUAAGGCUAAACUGGUCUUAGUGCAGUCAGUGAUGGGCUGUCUCUGUGCCAAGUGUAUGCCUUGUAUAACUGACUGUGUGGUGGCCGAAACUGAGAAAUCGGGGCAGAAGUAUCGAGUGGCUCUAAGGAUCACUAAAGAUCCAAGAUUUGAACCAUUACCAUGCACACACAAAGGAACCUAUGCAGAUGACUGUUGAGCACAGAGAGUAACUCAGCACAGGUGUCACAUUGCCAUCACAGGUGACCAGGACCUUAAGCCAAGAAUUGGGACAGUCCCUGGAGUUCCCAACAUGUACAUUUCUAACCACAGGUACAACAUUGAGUGGACACCAGAUGAUUUUGGAGCCCCUCAGUUCUCGUACUUAAAAAACCAAGUUCCUUCCUCUGCUUUUCUUCAACUAACUUUCUCUGUUGCCAGGUUAUUAACAUGCUACAGAAUGAGCUAUUGCUGCUCCACUCACCCAUUUGCUCUGUUAUGAGCUAAGUAUGGUUAAAUGCACUCACUUUUUUAUGUUUUGAAAAUGAUAUUUUGUACCAUUUUCAUAUUUGUUACAUCUUUUUAUAAAUCAGAUGACUGCUCCAAAAAAAAAAGAAAGAAAAAAUGACAAUAGGUACUUUGGUUUUUUUAUAGCCAAAGCGCGUCUUAUAGCACAAUACACGUCUCUUUCAUAGGCAGUAGAUAUUUUGGAGCAAUAUUUUGAGAGGAGCUUUGGAUUUUGAAGUAAAGUUGUUUUGGGGAAAAGGUUAUAAAAUUCUAAUCACAACUUUGGAAGUAUCUCUAUUCUUAGAUAAGAACAGAUAUAAACUAGGCAGGAGAAAAUGGUAAGACAGAGACUUCAGAGUUAAGAUGACUGUCUUCAUCGAUUUAGUCAUUGAACACAUAUUUAUGAAGUGCCUGCCUACUAGAUACUAGGCUCUGGCCACUAAGGUUCCAGGGGCCAACAGGACAGGUGUGGUUCCUACCUUCCUGGAGCUUACAGUUUCAUAGAGCAGGCAGGCACUAGGCUAAUGGACAAGUACACAACAACAAGUUGUAAUCAGCUCUCUGGUAAAAGAUAAGAUGGUACUGUGAGAGUAACAAACAGGGAGUCUAAUUCAGUUUAGGGAGUAGCCACAGAAGGUCCUCCUGAGGAAGUGACUUCUGAGCUGAGACCUUAAGGAUGAGUCAGAUUUGUCUGAUGAAGAAGAUAGGAAGAAGGGGAGGAUAAGCUUUCUAGACAGAGAUCUGAAACAUAUGCUUUAAAAGCAAAAAACAAAAAUAGAACCCAUAACACCCUCUCCCGGUUCCCUCUUUGUAAUUUAUUUUUGACUUUCAGAUUUCAAUUGAUGUUAGUUAUAUUAAGUGUAUUGGGGAAAACAUUGGUUAAUAACAUUAUAUAAGUUUCAGGAGUACAACUUUAUAAUACAACAUAUGUAUACUCUAUUGCAUGCUCACCACUGGAAGGGUUGUCUCCUUCCUUCGCUUUGUAUUUGACGGCUUUCAUUCUCUUCUUUCUCCCCCUACCCUCAUUAAUUUAAUAAAAAUGUGAUUUUUGUCACCUACACUCCCCCAGUCCUACCCUAGCCUUUCUUUAGAGGCUCUACAGCCAAGCAUUUAAAAAUGCAAGAAGGCUAUGUCUAUGCAUAUGGAUCUACCUUACACAUUUUUUUAAUAAAACAAGGAUCAUAAUUUCAGUUAUACUAUAGUAGUGAGAGUAGAUGAAUGCAAAUUAUUUAGAACAGUGUGGCAUACGUUAAGGACAGGAUAAAUGCGAACUUAUUAUUUCAGUGUGUAUGUGUACUAUAAUUUAUUUACUGAUUUUCCGAUUGAUAGGCCAUUAUGUAAUGCUGAUUCGUUUGCUAUUACAAACCAUUUUGCAUCUCUAGGGUUUGAUUAGCGGGAUGAUGGUACCAUACUUGAUUUCCUUGGUUUGAGCCUACAGUUAUAGGCAAGACUUUGUAUUCUGAUUAUCCUCAGAUUUACCUCUCAGAGCAAAUUUGGCCAGCUGCCUUGAGCUUAGUUUGUUAUCCACAUCUCUCUGCUCAGAAACUUCCAAACAUUGUCCUAUGGGUUCUGAGAACUGUUCCCUUUCACACCCACGCAUUCCCAUACACAGCUGUGCUUCUUAAACCACUGCCGAGUUUUCUCACCCAGUUCACUCUGCUAACCUUUUCCCUGUAUUAAUUUUCCUCACCUGAUCCCUGCACUAGGAGUUAGAAUGCCUGGGUUAAAGUUUUAGUUCAAUACUAAUUCGUUAGCUGUGUGACUUUGGACAAAUCACUGACCCUUGGUGUACUGAGGUUCACUGGGAAAAACAAAUAUAGAACUGUCAAUAGUGGGUUGAGAGACUCCAUUCUCUCCUGUGUCAAACUCAGUGGUUUGUACUACUCAGGUCCUGCCAUUUCUUUCUCCAGCCAGUUGCCUCCCGGGGGGAGAAAAAGUAUACAGUAAUUUCCACAUGUAAAUAGAUGUGUGCACUUCAAACCUGUGUUGUUCAGAGACUUCCGGCCAAGAUGGAGAUGUAGGUAGACACACUGUGCCUCCUCACACAACCAAAAUAAGGACAACAAAAAUUUAGAAACAAAAAAACCCAGUACUGACAGCAAAUCGAACUGUGUGGAAGUCCGACAACCAAGGAGUUAAAGCAGACACAGUCAUCCUGACCGGGAGGAGGGGCGGAGUCAGGCAGCCAGGCAGAGAGGGGUCCCAGCAAAAAAAAAAAGAACCUGUGUUGUUUAGGGUCAACUGUAUUGUUACUAUUUAAAAUUUUUUUGUAAAAGGUUAUAUAUACAUCCACAUGGAAAACUUACAGUGCUGUUACAACUCAAGAGUUACUCUAAGGAAGGUAGUAACUAAGGUAGGGGCUUUGGGAAGUUGAGAAUGUUCUAUUUCUUUUUUUUUUUAAGAGGGUUCAAAAGGGAGGGAACCAUCAAUUGGUCCCCUCUGGUGUGUCCCCAACUGGGGACCUGGCCCACAAUCCUGGCAUGUGCUCUGAUUGAGAAUCUCACCAGGGAAUCCAACUGGGGACCCUUCAGGUGGCAGACUGGCACUCAACCCACUGAACCACACCAGCCAGGGUAGGAGUGCUCUAUUUCUUGAUCUGUUUGCUUGUUACAUGAAUAUGUUGAGUUUAUGAAAGUUCAUCUUGCUGAUCAACUUACAUUUUCACCUUUUAUGUAUAUGUACUUCAAUAAAAAGAAAAAACUUAAAAUGUACAAAAGAGCGUAUAAGAAAGUUUCCCUAUCCCUUCUGAUCCUGACUUCCAGUUCCCCUCUUGAGACAACCAGUUACCUUUCUUUUGUCCUCCCAAAGCUUUUGUAUAUAUAAAUUUACAAAUGUAUGGUUUUUUCCUUUAUACAUAUGACAGCAUAUUAUACACAGUAUUUGAGUCUUUUUUUUUUUACUUUGUAGUAUAGCUCAGGGAUCAUUCCAAACUCUAACAUGUGGACAUUGCCCCAGUGCCUGGCAAAGAAAUAUACUUGUUAAAUAAGUAGUAUCUUCUGGGAGUAGUAUCUCCCAGAGAAGCGCUUGGGUGUAACACAAACUGUAACUUCUGUAAGGGGUGCGAAGUCAAUCCAGAGUCAGCCUUAUUGGCGCCAAAAGUAAAAUAAUGACCGAGUACCAGGAGAGUCUUCUCUAACCAAGGGCAAGCACUGAAGUUCCCGUGGCUGUCAGGCAGAAAUGAGGCUAGGUCAGAGGCUGCUUUUAAAGUUCCGGAAGAAGCAUUUCUUCAGCUGUCUGAAGUCCCUCGGUUAGGUCUCUCCCAAGCUCUCCAGGACUCAGCUCUUUAUAUUGUUUAUUUUUGGUCUGGGAUGAUGCAGAACAGCGGAGCCCUCUGCCUUCCCUGUGACUCCAAGCGGGCCUAGGCCACGCUGUAAGACCCCACUUGCGGUACCGCCUUAUAGCGGAAUCAGAGGCUUGAAGAAAUUGCGGUAUUCUGGAUGAGGUUUCUAAGGGUGAGGUUGCUGUAGCGGGAGAACUAAAGUUAGCUACAUUGGCAACGAGGUCCGGGAUAACGCGGCAGAGCGAGAGCUGGGCGGGGCUGACCGGCUUUCAGUCUGCCACCGACAGGGGCAGGUGCGACGCAUUGUCCCUCACGUGCGCCACCGCGGCUACGUGCCCCGCUACAGCUCGUUUCUGAAAGAUUGUACUCUUCUUUCCACGGAACUUCGCC